AUGGCGAACGGGCUUGCUUUGGCGAGGAGCGUCAAUCAGGGGGGGAACGACGGCGCCGCCGUGGGGCUUCCGCCGGGGUUCCGCUUCCAGCCGACAGACGAAGAGCUUGUGCUGCAGUACCUUCGCCGGAAGGUUAUCAACCACCCGAUGCCUGUCUCCGUCAUAGCCGAGGCCGAUGUCUGCCGCGUCGAUCCAUGGAAUCUGCCAGGCGAUGCUGAGGAAGAAAGAUACUUCUUCAGCCAGAAGCGGGUCAAGUAUCCGAACGGGAGCCGGUCGAACCGGGCGACCGUGUCCGGGUACUGGAAGGCGACCGGGGUAGACCGGCGGAUCUACUACCAGGGGCUCGUGCUGGUAGGGAUGAAGAAGACGCUGGUCUUCUACCGGGGGAAGGCGCCGGCGGGGGAGAGGACUGACUGGAUAAUGCACGAGUACAGCCUCGUUAUCCCUGCCCACAUUUCUGCACAGGCGAGGAACUGGGUGCUAUGCAGAAUUUUUCUGAAGCGCAAUGGGAACCGACAGACCGAGGCCCCAGGGGGGGUCGUGGUGGAUGGCGGCGCGGAUGCGCCACCGCCACCGCCGGCGACGGAAGUGGCCGUGGAGCCACCGCCACCGGCCCGGGUCCCAUCGCCGGUAUUUUCCGAGUUCCUGAGGCCGAGGAGGCUUGAUCUGAAUGUGGCGGCGCCGGUGGAGUCCGCGUUAGAGUGGAGCGACAUGACCGAGGAGGCUGAGACGGAGGAUUGUGCCGACAGUGGCACCUGCAAGGGCGAGGAAGAAGGCGGGCAGUGA